UCUUCGCCAGAGCACGGGUAAACAAAGCGAUGCCGGAACCACUGGGUCUGGUAUGGUCCGCGCCGGAGUCCAAGGCGAAGGCGCCCAUCAUCAAGGUGUCCUGCGGCAUCGGCGACACGGACGGCUAUCCCGCCUUCGACGUCGACUCCGAUGCGUACGCCACCAAGGACGACAGCCGGUGGGGAUUCCUCAUCACCGGCGGGGCGGAGUUCCACAUGCCACUGACAGUCUUCCAGGUUACCCCCAACGGCCUGGCCGACAAAGCGGGCAUUCGCCUGGGCGACAUCAUACUCGAGAUCAACGAGGAGGACGCCUCGCAACUGACGCUGUCCCAGGCCCACGAGAAAAUCAACUCGACACCCAAGAAGAUACAUUUCCUGCUGCGCAACAUGGAGGAGGACGAUCCCAUGGGCCAGUUCGAGGCCGGAGAGGAGAAGUCGAUUGUGAUGCGGGUUCCGAAGCCUUUGCCCCCGCCCAGUGGACGCAUACGAGCCAGCUCCAUCGAGAUGCGUCUGCUGGAGAUGCAGCGAAAGUUGUCUGCCAUAGCCGAAAUACCCAAAAUCCUGUGCUCCACUUUGGCCACCGUGUCGCAGAAUUUUGGCCGGAUGAGUGAAUCGGAGGUGGAUGAGGACGAGGACGAGGAGGAGGCCUAUGUGCAGCGGAAGUUCUCCUACGACGAGGAUGCCCUUGACUUUGAGCUGAGGAACGGGGAACAGGCAGGUGACACUGACAGUGACGGGGAGGACUUGGUGCUGGUUCGGGAGAAGGAUGAUGAGCACGUGGAUGUUUCGAAAGGUGCCAAGCAAUCAAAGCUGCUGAAGGAUGUCACGCCGGAAUCGGAUUAUGCAUCGGAAGCCAAUUAUCCGGCAAAUGAGGCAAGCGAUGACACGGAAUCCGGCGAUGAGGAUGAGCCCAGCAGCACGGUGUAUUUCAUGAAACUGCCAGCGGCCUCUGCCGAGGAUACGUAUUCUUCUACCGAGGACGAGGACGACAGCGAUUUCUUGAACACCACCUACACAUGGAAUCUCCGCAAUGUGCCCAAGCUGCGAAUCAACGAUGCCGAGGCCGAAGGUGAACUGACACUGGGACAUCAGGCGAGGGAGCAGCCACGGGAGAAGGAGCCUUGCCUGGAAGCCGAGCCAGCGAAGGUGCGCCCAGCCACGCCCACACCGAAGGCUCCGCCCCAGGAAUCCGCCGAGGGGCAGACACAAAAGUUGCUAUUCAGACUGGACAAGCUGGAGCGAUCCUGGCCCUGGGCAGACCGCGAGAAGAUCAUAUACAAGCAAUCCACUUGCCACUUGGUGCCACGAAAGCCGCUGGGACUGGUGGGCCAGCGAAUGCAGCUGCUGCUCAAGGACAAAAAGGAGUGAGCUCGUGAAGGGAGGAAGGGAGGAAGGAGUCAAACCCAUGCUAAACAGUUCCUGCCAUUAGACUAAGUUUAACCUCAGAGGGGGACAACUCGACGUCGAAGGGUGGUGUGAAGUAGCCAACUUUUAAUUGAGUUCAUUAUGCAAAUACACAGGCGACAACAGCAGCCUCGACUUCAGCAGCACUUCAAUUAAAAGCCGCACACCCGGGCGUAUUCGAAACUCUAUUCAAACACGCUUCACACCCAGCCUUUCAGUCGGGUAAAAUUUUUAAUUAAAGUGCACUCUGCCGUAUGCCAAAAAAAUCACUGCCAAGUCAAACGCAAGCAGACUCAAAACCAAGACAAAACCACAACCACAACCAAACCCAAGCCCAAACCAAAACUAGACCAGAGCCAAGCUCUUCAACCGGCACUUGCAACUUGGCCAGGUUUAUGCAUUAUUUGUGACCCACCGCACCAUAAAUUCUAUCCGAAGGCAAACGCAAUGCACUUAUUCCGCCAACAGCAGGACCUGUGAGUCACGCAGGAUACGGAAAAGGACGUAGAAGGAUGACGGUGCCGAAAAGUGUUCCUCGCAGUUUACUCUUAGUUUUAGAACGCUUGCACACGGUAGUUUCAAUUCAGGAUCAGGUUAUUCUAUUAUCUAUUUCAAAUUGUAUUUGAACUUAAAUUGGUAUUUUCGGAUGUGGUUCAAAUUGUAGUUAUUAAACAUGUUUUUCUGCUCAUAUAUAAACGACAUUAAUUGG